UACAGUACCGAGGAUGCCACUUCCCGUCCAGCCAUUUUAGGCGUUUGUGUCUUCUGGGGAGAGAGACCCGCAGGUUGUUUCCCCAGCGUCUGUGUACCAUCCACUGAUUACAAGAGCCGCUGGACGACAGUGGGACACCCGGUGACUGGAAAUGGAGUCAGUAGCCUUUGAGGAUGUGGCUGUGAACUUCUCCCUGGAGGAGUGGGCUAUGUUGAAUCCAUCCCAGAAGAACCUCUACAAAGAUGUGAUGCAGGAGACCUUGAGGAACCUGGCCUCUGUAGGAAACAGUUUGGAGCACCAUAUCAUUGAGAAUAUAUACCGAAGUUCCUGGAAGCUAAGCGGACAAGUGGCGGAGGGACUCUAUGACUGUAAAGAAGAUCAUCAGUGUGCAGAAAUCUUCGACUUCACUACACAGAGUAUUGUAAACCAGAACUCCUCACCACGAGUGCAUAUAUGUGAGAACAGUGGGUGUGCACAAGUAGUCAUUGGCCAUUUAUCUCUAAGCGUGCUCCUUAAGCCUGACACAGAGCUUGAGUCAUAUGAAGAUCAAGAAUAUGGAAAGGAGUUGCACACUAUGGACUUUGGGGCCACCUCCAGUUCUGUCCCACCGCUUGAGAACUAUGAAAGUACUUACACUCUAGAGAGACUGUAUAAAAAUGAGAAUUGUGAUGAAGACUAUAGAUUUGGUCAAACUCUUGAAAAGACUUUGCCUGAAGACAAGCCCUUUAAGUGUAAGCAGUGUGGGAAAGCUUUCAGUUCUUCCCGGUACUUCCGGAGGCACGAGCGACGUCAUCGUGCCAAGAAAUGCUAUAUAUGUAAGCAGUGUGGGAAAGCGUUCGCUUUUCCUACCUACCUGCAAACACAUGAAAGGAUUCACACAGGGGAGAAGCCCUAUGUGUGCGUGCAGUGUGGGAAAACCUUUGCUCAUUCUCGUUCCCUUAAAACACACAAAAGAACUCACAGCGUUAGGGACCUUUUUGUGUGCAAUUACUGUGGGAAAACGCUACGUCAUUAUAGUUCUCUUCAGAUUCACACAAGAAUCCACACUGGGGAGAAGCCUUAUGUGUGUAAACCAUGCGGCAAAGCCUUCAUUACUUACCGUUCCUUUCGAAUCCAUGAAAGAAUUCACACUGGAGAAACCCCUUAUGAAUGUAAACAGUGUGGAAGCACCUUCAUGCGUUGGAUUCAGUUACGAAAACAUGAAAUAAUCCACAGUGGUGUGAAACCCUAUGCUUGUAAGCUGUGUGGGAAAAGCUUUACUUGCUCUGGUUCCCUGAGAACACAUGAGCGAAUUCACACCGGGGAGAGACCUUAUGUGUGUGACCAGUGUGGGUAUAGCUUUACUCGGUUGAAUUCGCUUUUAAGACAUAAAAUAACGCACACUGGUGAGAAGCCUUACGUGUGUAAUCAUUGUGGGAAAACUUUCCCUCGCUCUGCUUCCCUUCAGAGACAUGUAAAAAUUCACACCGAGGAGAAACCCUAUGUAUGCAAGCAGUGCGGGGUCGCCUUCGCCACUUCUACCGACCUUUUAGAACACGAGCAAACUCACAUUGACGAAAAGCCUUACAUCUGUGAGGAGUGCGGGACCGCCUUCGUGCUGUGGAGCCAGUUUCAGAAGCAUAAAGCGCUUCACAGUGUCCCCGUUUCCUAUGUUUGUAAGCAGUGCGGGAAAAGCUUUACUUCCUCCAGGUCACUGAAGACACACGAAAGAAUCCACACUGGGGAGAAGCCCUACGAGUGUAAGCAGUGCGGGAAGACCUUCCUUUGGUCUUACUCCCUUCAAAGACACGAAAAAACCCACACUGACGGCAAGCCCCAUGUGUGUAAACAGUGCGGCCUGGCUUUCCCUUGCUAUAGUCAUCUUCAGGUGCAUGAGAGAGUUCACAUUGAUGAUGAACCUUUUAAUUGUAAGUACUGUGGGAAGCCCUUCUUCACUCUGAACCAUUUACAUAGGCAUGAAUUACUUCACGUGACUAACCUGGAUCCCAGGGAGUUUUAGUAGUGUGGGAAAAAAUUGAGGGAGGGGUCCUUGGUGGCUGUCAUAGAAAUAAGCAAAGUCGCACUGGAGAAAAACUGGAUUUCUGCUAGCAACGUGGAAAAAACUUUUGAUUUGUUCAUUGGGGUAAAUAUGAAAUGUCACAGCGGAGAGAAACUUUUUUUUUUUAAUUCAAUGUACAACAGUUUUUGAGCUUAAAGUUCCUGGAAGUACAUGAAAGAGAAGCAGGCCUGUGACUGCAAGCAAUAUGGUGAAGCCUUCUGCAGCCCCAGAUCCUGGAGAAGACAUGAGAUAUCUCAUGCUGUGGAGAAACGUUUUGUGUAUGUGAGGUGGUGUAAAGAAGCCUCCAUUUCUUCCCCAUUUCCUCUGACUACGUGGAAGGAGUCCCUGGGGAUAGAUAAACUAAGUAUAGGCAAUCUUAGCUAGUCUUCAGUUAUUGCAUCCUCUCACAGACAUGAAAGAACCUACUGUAGAGCAACCUUAAAAACAGGAUUUGUGAACUCUUCGUCACAGCACAAGACUGCCCUGUGAGUGG